AUGGUUGUGAAGAAAUUCUAUGAAGACUUAGAAGUACACCAACUUGAUCUUAAAAACAAUUCUGGUUGUAGUAAUGAUAACAAUGAAAAUGAGAAUUGUGUAGUUUCUGAUAAUUCUGAAACUGUUCUCAACCAUGACUAUUCUUCAUCAGCUUCACCAUUAAUCCCAAAACCUAUUAUAAAAUUAAAGCAGAAACUUUUGAUCUUUUAUUGCCUAAAUGAAUUACACAAGUUGGCCAACUCUGUAAACGAUUAUGAAAAUUUUAAGGAAAAAGUUUUUAUUGCUCAUAGAGCUGUG